CUUAUUGGCGUCGCGAUCGGACGAUGGCCUCGGCGUCCGAACUGGUGCGGCAACUGAGUGGCGACGAUGUGGAUAGCAUUGUCUCCGCGUGCAAGGCCUUGUCCUCCAUGAACGUGGACAGUGGCUCCGUCGCCAAGCUCCUGUCGCACAAGGAGCCACGAGUUCAAGUGGCCGCUGCCGAGGCGCUGCGCGGCAUGGAAGGCGCGGAGGCGGCCUCGGCAGCGCUGGCGCAGCGGAUGUCGGGCGACAGCUACGUGCGCGUGGCCUGCGCCAAGACGCUGAAGACCUUGGGAACCAAGGCUUCGGCGCAGGCCCCCGUGAUGGGCAAGUUCUUGAAGGACGCCUCCCCGGGCGUCGUGGCCGCUGCCGCCUAUGUGCUCAGUGGCAUGGGCCCCGCCGCGGCGGAGCACGUGGCGGCAUUGGAAGCGGCCUUGGGGAACGAGAGCGAAGACAUUUCCACGCAUAUGUUGGCGGCGGCCGGCGUGAUGCCCAAGACUCCCGACGUCUUGCGAAAGCCCGCGUGUGCGGCUGCACAUGCGUUGGGCAUUUUGGGAGGCGCAAGUUGCGUUGGGAAGUUGCUGGACCUUCUCAGCUCAAAGGAUUGGGAAGUGCGUGCCGGAGCCAUCAAUGCCCUGAUACAGAUUGGGCUGGACCCAGAUCGGAUGGAGUCCCAAUUCAUUGACCUCCUGAAGGACCCGGCGCCCGCCGUGGCCGCGGCCGCGUGCCGCGCCCUGGGGCAGCUGAAGAGCUCCUCGUCCAGCGCAGCGGCGGUGGCGGAGCUGCUGCAGGAUGCCAGUCCCAUGGUGAAGGCCAGUGCGGUGGAGAGUCUCUCCUGCAUGGGCGAUGAGGCAGAAGCCUUCUUGGAACCUUUGUGUAAGUUGUUCAACGACAAGUCGCCUUUGGUGCGCUGCGCUGCCGUGAAAGCCGUUGCCGGCUGUGGCGAGCUGGGCCAGAUGUAUGCAUCGGAGGUCUGCCGUUUGACCGGCAACCCGGACGCCAAGACGCGGGCCACGGCCAUUCAGGCCCUGACGGAGAUGGGCGAACGCGGCGCCUGUUUCGAGGAGGAGGUGGAGAUGUGUUUGAGCGAUGCGGAUCCCUUCGUCGCAUCUGCUGCGCAGAAAGCGGUGCAGCAGUUUGCCGGGAUCAAGAUGGCUUCGGCGGCGGCCAUUAAGGAUGCCGCGGAGAUCGCCGCGCCUGCAGCCAAAGCAUUGCCUGCACCGGCAGCGACAUCGGGGUCCAGCAAGCUGGCCGUGGGGUUGCUAUUUCCGGGGCAAGGCUCCCAAUAUGUGAAGAUGUUAGCCGAAGUGAAGGAUAUGCCGAGUGUCAAGGAGAUGCUGAGCACGGCGCAGAAGAUUCUGGGUUACGACAUCUUGAAAUUAUGCCUCGAAGGCCCUGAAGAGCAGCUGGAGCAGACCAAAUACUGCCAGCCUGCUAUGUACAUUGGUGGCCUCGCAGCCUUUGAGUUAUUAAAGAAGGAGAAUCCCAAGGCGGCAGAGAACUUCCGGGCUGUCGCGGGGUUGAGCUUGGGCGAGUACACGGCCCUGACCGUGGCGGGUGUCUUCGACUUCGAGACAGGGCUGCGCUUGGUGAAGUUCCGUGGCGAAGCCAUGCAGCAAGCUGCCGAGGCCUCCCCGCAGAAGAUGAUUUCAGUGGCAGGCCUCGCCAAGGAGGUCUUAGACAAGCUUUGCGCCGAGUGCAGGUCGGGUCCUGAUGACGUGUGCCAGGUCGCCAAUUUCCUGUUCCCCAACGGCUUCUCCUGUGCAGGCAGCGCCAGUUCUGUGGAGAAGCUGCUGAAAAAGGCUGGUGAUACUCAAGGGUGCCUUCAGGCGAAGGCUCUGAAGACCUCUGGGGCCUUCCACACCAAGUGCAUGGAACCGGCCAGAAGUCAGUUGCUCACAGCCUUGAAGGAAGUGGAGUCAAAGAUGCAACCACCCAACUGCGAUGUGUACGUGAAUUUGACCGGUAACAAGAUUCUACCAGGCACGCCGGUCCCAGAGAUCAUCGAUCUCUUGGCGGAUCAGCUGACAAAUUGUGUUUUGUGGGAUCCUGCCAUGGGAGCCAUGCUGAAAGAUGGCAUCAGCGAGUUCUAUGAGUGCGGACCAAUGAAGCAGUUGAAGGCGAUGAUGAAGCGUAUCAACCAGGAUGCCUGGAAGAACACUCAGAACAUCCACGUUUGAGCCGCAACCAGACCGUGGAGAGAUAUGUUUUCUUCAUCUUAUAUAGUCAUUCAAUAUCUAAAGGACAGGCAGAUGCUCCAUCUUGUUGAUUUCUGAACAUAUUUUCUG